UAAACUUACCUUUAUUUGUGCUUCAUGAAUGUUCAGUUUAUAAAAUGAUUUUUAUGCUCGUGUGUUACGUAACCUAUCACUUUUAUUACUUUCUUUAAUAUUGAGAGGAAAGAAUUUGCGCAAAUCCCAGACAAGACACAUGCUAGCCACACAUGCUAAUAUGUAGUUGUUUUGACGUUGCCAAUAAGUUAAAUUGAAGAACAAAGAUAAAUUGAAGCCUUAUAUUGUAUUAUUUCUGUUUUCAUACAAAAAACUAUUAAAGUAGUAUUUUGCUUGUGUUGACAUUUUGUAAUUCGUAAUCAUUGAAGUGUGUUUUUUUCCCCUUAAAACUUGGAAGAAAAGAAAGUUCAUGUUCACUUUUCUCAGCAAGCCCCAACAGAAACCAUCAAAGAAAUUGGAUUUAUUGGAUAUUAUGGGAAUUGUGUAGGGUUUAAUGGAAACUAUAAUGGUAUUUGUGGCUCUGUACUGGUAAUGUGUUUGGUUCUGUUGGUAGAACAUCUAUUGGUCAUCUGGUGAAUUGAACCAUUAGGACACUAUUAAAUCCAAUAUGAAUAAGACCCAAAACACACUUCAUAAAUAAAUCUAUAGUUUUAAUGGUAAACAACUGAUUUUUUAUUACAAUUGUAAAUUGGAUUUUAGAUUUAUUCUCCAGAUUGGGUAGAUUCAAGGAUGGAGGCCAAUGGCAGACCCUCAACAACACAGAUCAUGAUGCUGGCUACUAGUUCAGCUCUGACUGCCAUUUUAUACACAAUAUACAGAAGGAAAUCAAACCAUGUUGUUAGACUGAGGGAAGCCAAAAAGAUGAGCUUAAAUCCAGAUCUGAAAACAAUCCUCAAUGAAGCUCCUGGAAAGUGUGUUCCUUAUGCUGUUAUUGAAGGUGUGGUGCGGUCUGUCAAAGAGACCUUAAACAGCCAGUUCGUGGACAACUGCAAAGGCGUCAUCGAGAGGUUGACCUUGAAAGAGAAGAAGAUGGUGUGGAAUCGCACAACACAUCUCUGGAAUGAUUGUGAGAAGGUCAUCCACCAACGCACUAACACUGUGCCCUUUGACCUCACCCCACACGAUGACACUGUUUCUGCGACCGUUCGUGUGGUCCGUCCUCUCGAUGCGGCCGAAUUGGAUCUGGAGACCACCUAUGAGAACUUCCAUCCUUCCACGCAGUCUCUGACCAACGUCAUCGGGCACUUUAUAAGCGGCGAGCGCCCACAGGGCAUCAAGGAGACGGAGGAGAUGUUGCGCCUGGGUGCCAGCAUGACAGGUGUGGGGGAGCUUGUGCUAGAAAACAACCUGGUACGUCUUCAACCUCCCAAGCAGGGCUUGCGUUAUUUCCUCAGCCGUCUGGACUACAAUGAGCUCCUGAACAAACAAGAGAGACAAUUAAGGCUCUGGAGGGUCUUGACGGUGCUGUUCGGAUUGGCCGCCUGUGCAACAUUAUUCUACAUGCUGUGGCGGCAGUACGUGCUCCGCAGGGAUCGAAGAAAAGAGCGCAGCCUGCUGGAUGAGUUCAGGAAGUGGAAGAACAGACGUUUACAAGAGCUCAAUCUGGCCGAGGAAGAAAUCUCACCCAACACGUGCACCAUAUGUCUGAGUAAUGAACGAUCGUGCGUGUUUCUAGAGUGUGGUCAUGUGUGUACCUGUGAGCAGUGCUAUAGGGCCCUGCCAGAACCUAAGAAAUGCCCCAUAUGUAGGGCCAAAAUAGACAGGAUUGUUCCUCUGUAUAAUAGCUAGGGGCCUUAUUAUAAACAUAGUGUGCGUGGAAAUUAGUAAAAGGGCAUUUUAUUGUGUGCUGGCACUGUACUUCCAUUUCACAAAAACUGAAUCUGUGAUAAUUCAGUGAGCACUAAAAACAAGUUGGUUUUCAUAUUUCAGUUUCUUAACAGAGGUUGCUUUGCUGUUGUUAUUUUGGAUAUAUAAUCAUCAUUUGUGCCUUUGUAACCUCAAAUUUAUUGCACUUUGGUCUAUUUUAUGAAAAUCAAUAAAAUGGAAGCAAUUUUA